CGAGCGAGCGACGAGCGAGCCGGCAGGGAGGGAGCGAGCGAGCGAGCAGCCGCGCCGCCGCCUCGCAAUCCGCCGCCAUCCCGCCGCCUCCGCGCCCGACCGCCGCCCGACCGCCAUCGCCCGGCCCAGUCGCGCCCGCGGACCCAGACCAGGCAGAUCAGGAGCGGUGCCGAGAAAAAUUUCCUUACUAGAUGACAUUUCAUCGCAAUGUCCGAUCGUUUGGGGCAAAUAACCAAGGGCAAGGAUGGGAAAAGCAAGUACUCGACUCUCAGCCUGUUUGAUAAGUAUAAAGGAAAAUCAGUAGACGCGAUCAGAUCCUCAGUCAUUCCUAGACAUGGCUUACAGAGUCUCGGGAAAGUUGCCACAGCCCGGCGUAUGCCACCGCCUGCGAACCUGCCAAGCCUGAAGUCUGAAAACAAAGGAAACGACCCCAACAUCGUUAUAGUACCCAAGGACGGGACGGGAUGGGCAAACAAGCAGGAUCAGCAAGACCCAAAGAGUUCCAGUGUGACGGCCUGUCAGCCGCCGGAGUCGCUGCCGCAGCCGGGUUUGCAGAAAUCUGUCUCCAGUUUACAGAAACCGACACAGUCAAUCAGUCAGGAGAAUACAAAUUCAGUGCCAGGUGGACCAAAGUCAUGGGCACAGCUGAAUGGAAAGCCAGUAGGACACGAAGGUGGUUUAAGGGGCUCAAGCCGACUAUUAUCCUUCUCUCCCGAGGAAUUUCCGACGCUGAAAGCAGCUGGAGGGCAGGACAAGGCUGGCAAAGAAAAGGGCGUCUUAGAUCUGUCGUAUGGGCCAGGACCAAGCCUCCGCCCUCAGAAUGUGACAAGCUGGAGGGAGGGCGGUGGGCGAAACAUAAUUUCUGCCACGUCUCUGAGCGCCUCCCCAACUGAGCUGGGCAGCAGGAACUCGAGUGCGGGAGACGGAGCCCCCUCUUCGGCAUGUACCAGCGAUUCUAAGGACCCCUCUCUCCGCCCGGCUCAGCCUGUCCGAAAAGGGGCUUCACAGUUCAUGGGGAAUGUAUACCACCCACCUACAUACCAUGACAUGCUUCCUGCCUUUAUGUGUUCGCCACAGUCAUCAGAGAACCAGGGUACAGUGGAACGAGGAUCUUUCCCCCUUCCCCAGCUCCGCCUGGAACCCCGUGUUCCUUUUAGACAGUUCCAGAUGAAUGACCAAGAUGGCAGCAAAGAAAGCAGGCUGGGAAUGGCUCGCCCAGUCCGUCCACUGAGGCAGCUGGUGGAACGGGCUCCACGGCCCACCAUCAUCAACGCGGAAAACCUGAAGGGCCUGGACGACCUGGACACCGAUGCCGACGACGGCUGGGCAGGCCUCCAUGAGGAAGUGGACUAUUCUGAGAAGUUGAAGUUCAGUGAUGAUGAAGAGGAGGAAGAAGCGGGGAAGGACGGCAGGCCAAAGUGGAACAGCUGGGACCCUGGAAGACAGCGACAGAGGUCGAUGAGCUCUGCGGACAGUGCUGAUGCCAAGCGUGCCCAAGAGGAAGGAAAGGAUUGGGGCGAAACACUGGGCAUGACCCGGGUCGUCCGGAAGGGCCCAGAACCUCAGCCACCUUCCAGGAAGCUUCACAGCUGGGUGUCAGGCCCUGACUACCAGAAGUCCUCAGGGGGCAGCAUGUUCAGGCAACAGUCUGUCGAGGACAGAGAGGACAAGCCCCCCCCACGGCAGAAGUUCAUCCAGUCAGAGAUGUCGGAGGCCGUGGAACGAGCCCGGAAGCGCCGCGAGGAGGAGGAGCGCCGAGCCCGGGAAGAGAGGCUGGCUGCCUGUGCCGCCAAACUGAAACAGCUGGACCAGAAGUGUAAGCAGGCACAGAGGGCCAGCGAGGCCCAGAAGCAGGGGGACAAGGAAGCGCCCCGGUCUCCGGGCACCGAGAACGUGCCCCCACAGGAGAACGGCCCUGCUGUCCGCAAAGGCUCCCCCGAAUUCUCUGCCCAGGAAACUCCCAACACGUUUUCCGAAGAAGCCCCUACAGCCCCUGCAGCUGUGGCUCAGAGCGGCAGCAGUGACGAGGGGGCCGGGGAGGCUGGGUCCCCUGCACAGGAGUUCAGCAAGUACCAGAAGUCACUUCCCCCCAGAUUCCAGCGCCAGCAGCAGCAGCAGCAGCAGCAGCAGCAGCAGCAGCAGCAGCAGCAGGAACAGCUGUAUAAGAUGCAGCACUGGCAGCCCGUGUACCCCGCGCCCUCCCACCCGCAGCGCACCUUCUACCCGCACCACCCCCAGAUGCUGGGCUUCGACCCCCGGUGGAUGAUGAUGCCUUCGUACCUGGACCCCCGCGUCACGCCCACACGGACCCCGGUGGACUUCUACCCCUCGGCCCUGCAUCCCUCGGGACUGAUGAAACCCAUGGUGCCCCAGGAUUCCCUCCGUGGGACUGGCUGUCGCUCUGAGGAUCAGAGCCGCGUGCCCCCACUGCAGGAAAGGAAAGUGACCGCCAUCGACCCAGCCCCUGUGUGGAGCCCUGAGGGCUACAUGGCGUUGCAGAGCAAGAGCUAUUCGCUUCCCCACCCGAAAUCCAGCGACACUUUGGCCGUGGACAUGCACGUCAGGAAUGAAAGCUCUUACUCUGCCUCACCCGGAAGGUCAGGGGGCGUUCUAAGUACCCAGCGCAGUCUCCUUGAGGAGAGAGGGGACGAGCAUUUGAGUGCUUUUGACAAGAAGGCCCAAGCAGACUUUGACAGCUGUGUUUCUUCUCAAAGAAUAGGCCAGGAGCUUUUGUUUCCACCCCAAGAAAAUGUGCAGGAAGCAGGUGCUCCUGGGGUUCACACCCCAAACCUCAGGUGUUCCCCACUGGAGCCCGACUUUGCCCCAGCUGAGAAAAAGCCAGACUAUAGCAAUUGGGACGUUAGCCACCAGCCCAAGGCCGCUGACACAGCCAACGGUGUCGAGAAGGAGGUGCCCCGGGAGGAGCCGUCCUUUAAUGUCUCCUCCUGGGAGAAGGAAGGGAGCCCCAGUAAGCAGCCGCCCCUGGAGCCAGAGUGGACUCCUGAGUCCCGGGGCUCCAGCAGCCAGCACCAGGAGCAGACCAGCAGGACCCGGAGGUCGGGACCCAUCAAGAAACCCGUCCUAAAAGCCCUCAAGGUGGAAGACAAGGAGAAGGAACUGGAGAAGAGUAAGCAGGAGCUGGGGGAGGAGAGCACGCGCCUGGCCAAGGAGAAAGCUCCGACUCACCAGGCCGGGCCGGACGAGGAUGAGAACAGCCCCCCGCCAGCCAACUCCCCGCCCCCCACCUUGGGGGACCAGGGCUUGGCCCGCACUUAUUUGGGCCACGAGGCCAACAAGUCUGAGGAGGACGAGAAGCCCGACAGGGCCUGGGAGACCAGACCCUCCCGGGAGCCCAGCGACACGCCCCCAACAAAGAGGAAUAACUGGAUCUUCAUUGACGAGGAGCAGGCCUUUGGGGGCAGAGGGCAGGCCCGGGGCCGCGGCCGUGGUUUCAGAGAAUUCACUUUCCGUGGCCGGCCUGCUGGUGGCAGCGGCCCUGGCAUCUGCGGUGGAGGGGUCCUUGGGGCACGGGGCGUCUACACCAACAGCCAGAGAAGCGGCCGAGGCCGGGGCCUGCGAGAGUUCAGCCAGCCGGAGGACUUCCCUAGGGCCAAGCCCCGGCGACGCAUUGCCAGCGAGACCCACAGCGAGGGCUCCGAGUACGAAGAGCUGCCCAAGCGGCGGCGGCAGAGGGGCUUGGAGAAUGGCAGCGAAGGCCCACUGCUGGACCGGGAGGAGGGCGCCUCGAAGAAGGGCGACUUCAAAGACUCUUGGCGGUCCAACAAGAUGUACUCCGAGGAGCACAGUGGUCCGGAUGCCAAGACCCGGGGCCCGCGGGCCUUCGGACGCGCCCUCCCUCCCCGGCUGAGCAAUUGCGGAUACGGGCGGCGAACCUUCGUGUCCAAAGAGGCAGCUCACUGGCAGGGCAAGAGUCCCGGCGCCUGCUGGCAGGAGUGCGGCCCUCCCGACGCGUGCGGCUCCCGGCAGCCCACGGACAGAGACUACACCCCAGACACCUACAGGCACUCAGACUCGUUUGGGGCCAGGGGCUUCGAGGAGAAGAGGUCCUUCUUCCAAGACGACCAUGCGGCAGAUUCUGAAAACGCAGAGAACCGGCCCUUCAGGAGAAGGCGCCCCCCGCGCCAGGACAAACCCCCUCGCUUCCGGCGCCUCAGGCAGGAGCGGGAAUCCUUGGGCCUCUGGGGGCCUGAGGAGGAGCCCCCCCUGCUGGCGGGUCAGUGGCCGGGCAGGUCCAAGCUCUGUCCUGGGGACAAGAGCGGCGUCGUGGGCCGCAGGUCCCCCGAGCUCUCCUACCAGAACUCCUCUGAUCACGCCAACGAAGAGUGGGAGACAGCCUCCGAGAGCAGUGACUUCAGCGAGAGGCGGGAGCGGCAAGAAGGCCCUGGGGCUGAGCCGGGCUCCCAGGGGGGCGGCAGCCUGCCUGGGGCCAGUUUGGGGGAGAAGAAGGAGCUGGCCAAGAGGAGCUUCUCCAGUCAGAGACCCCUGGUGGACAGACAGAGCCGGAAGCUGGAGCCGGGAGGGUUUGGGGAGAAGUCUGUUAGGCCAGGUGGUGGUGACACUUCUCCCCGUUAUGAUUGCCAACAGAAUGGGACGCCUUUGAAAGCCAAAAGGUCCCCAGAUGAGGCCUUGCCUGGAGGCGUUGGGAGCAGCCACUAUACCCUGGAGCGGGCAGCACACGCCACCUCAGACACCCCCGAGGCCUCUUGUGAAAAGGCAGAGAAGGAGGCCAAGCUGGCUGCUCAGAGAGCAGGCGAGCAGGGAGAGACCAGGAAACAGUUUGACCUGAACUAUGGAAAUUCCCUCAUUGAGAAUUGCGGGUCCAGCCCUGGAGAGGAGAGGGAGGUGGGCUCCCUGGUGGGUGAAGGCUUCAUCGAGGUCCUCACCAAGAAGCAGCGCCGCCUGCUGGAGGAAGAGAGGAGGAAGAAAGAGCAAACUGUGCAGGUGCCUGUCAAAGGUCGAGGUCUUUCCUCCCGUAUUCCUCCUCGGUUUGCGAAAAAGCAGAACAGCUUGUGCCUGGAGCAGGGCGACGUGACCGUGUCUGGCAGCAGCCUUGGCACCGAGAUCUGGGAGAGCAGCAGCCAAGCCCUCCCCGUUCAGGCCUCCACCAGCGACUCCUGGACUAAAGCCGCCACUGCCUUCAACAGCACUGAGUCGGGCUCUGCUGAGCAGGGUUUUAAGAGCAGUCAGGGGGACAGUGGUGUCGACCUGAGCGCCGAGUCGCGAGAGUCAUCUGCGACCUCCUCACAGCGCAGCUCCCCGUACGGCACUCUGAAACCAGAGGAGAUGGGCGGGCCUGGCCUGGACCCCAAGGCCGACAGCCACAAGGAGCAGGCUCAGAAGCAGUCCGAACAAAAGGAUUCAGAACAAGGCUCAGGACAGAGCAAGGAGCACAGACCUGGACCCAUCGGCAACGAGCGUUCUCUGAAAAACAGAAAGGGCUCGGAGGGGGCUGAGCGGCUGCAAGGGGCCGUCGUCCCGCCUGUUAACGGGGUGGAGAUUCACGUGGACUCCGUGCUGCCCGUGCCGCCCAUCGAGUUUGGAGUCAGCCCAAAAGAUUCCGACUUCAGCUUGCCGCCGGGCUCUGCCUCUGGUCCCGCAGGGAAUCCAGUUGUCAAGCUUCAGGAUGCCUUGGCCAGUAACGCUGCGCUAACACCGAGCAUCCCCAUCCUGCGCCGCGAUCACCACAUCCCGAGGGCCAUCGGCCUCUCCCAGACGUCCUUCCCCACCGCCGACCUCACUCUGAAGAUGGAGUCUGCGCGCAAGGCGUGGGAAAACUCGCCCAGUUUGCCGGAGCAGAGCUCUCCAGGAGGCGCUGGCUCGGGCCUCCAGCCCCCGUCGUCUGCGGGCGCCUCCAGCGGGGUCACCUACAGCUCCUUUGGUGGCGUGUCCAUGCCCCCCAUGCCUGUGGCCUCUGUGGCUCCUUCUGCUUCUCUUCCAGGCAACCACCUGCCACCCCUCUACCUGGAUGGCCAUGUGUUUGCAAGUCAGCCCCGGCUGGUUCCUCAGACGAUACCUCAGCAGCAGAGUUACCAACAGGCUGCCGCUGCCCAGCAGAUCCCGAUUUCCCUUCACACGUCUCUGCAGGCUCCGGCCCAGCUCGGACUGAGGGGCGGGCUCCCGGUGUCCCAGUCCCAGGAGAUCUUCAGCUCGUUGCAGCCCUUCAGAUCCCAGGUGUACAUGCACCCCAGCCUGUCACCGCCCAGCACCAUGAUUCUCUCUGGAGGCACAGCCUUGAAGCCUCCGUACUCGGCGUUCCCCGGCAUGCAGCCCUUGGAGAUGGUGAAGCCCCAGUCCGGCUCCCCCUACCAGCCCAUGAGCGGAAACCAAGCCCUGGUCUACGAGAGCCAGCUCGGCCAGGCUGCCAGUCUGGGCGCCUCUCAGAUGUUGGAUGCCCAGCUCCCACAGUUGACGAUGCCCCUGCCCGGCUCCCAGCUGCCUCUGCCUCGGUACGGCUCCGGGCAGCAGCCCCUGAUCCUGCCACAGUCCAUCCAGCUGCCACAGGGGCAGAGCCUGUCUGUCGGGGCCCCCCGGAGGAUUCUUCCACCUGGAUCCCAGCCUUCGGUCCUUAACACCAGCAGAGAGUCUUCUCAGAUGGAUGUGAAGGGCUUCCACUUUGCCGACAGUAAACAGAAUGUUCCUUCAGGAGGUUCCGUGCCGUCACCACAGACCUACAGGCCUAGCUCUGCUAGCCCCAGUGGGAAGCCCUCUGGAUCAGCAGUUAACAUGGGCUCUGUGCAGGGACACUACGUUCAACAGGCAAAACGAGUGGAUGAAAAACCCAGCCUGGGAGCCGUGACGCUGCAGGAGGCCCCCUCGGCCGCCUCCCAGAUGAAGCGAACCGGAGCCAUCAAGCCUCGGGCGGUGAAAGUGGAGGAGAGCAAGGCCUGAAGGUGCUCGGCCGGCCACACCUCGCCCCAUGAGGAUAGUGCCGCCACUCGGGCUCGGUGCCCAGGAUGCUCCGAAACUCAGCAGACCUGCCGUCCACCUUCCUGGCCUGGACUGAGAGACCUCCCUUCUCCUCUCCACUCCCGAAAACUCCAUUGUCCAGCCAGCUUGCACCUGGACCUGUGGCGUUGACCUGCUUGCUUUAAUACGAAACAAACAAACAGUAGCGGCUCCCUUCCCGUCUCCCUCCACCCGUCCUGACAGUGAUGACAGUAGCGUCCUGCCCUGCCUCUUGGCCCUGCUGCUCAGCCAGGGUGCGCUCAGCAGUGCUUCUUCCCCUCCCGGCCCCAGCACAGUGGUUUGGCAGCAGGGUCACUGUAGGUUGAGGCUUUUUGUUUUAAAAAGCAGCCAAGGUUUUCACAAAGGAGAAAGGAAAAGAAAACAAAACACAAGCUAUGUGUGUAUAGCUGGACUUUUAUACAUUCUCCACCAGCCUCUCCCUGACCCCUCUUCUGUUCCAGUAGUUUCCUUUAACCUCUUUACUGUUUAGUUUGAUACAUCACUGCGAUACCUUAAGAGACGACUCAUGCAACCCCUCCUGCCCUCAGUGGUUAAAUUUUGAGGGUGUUUGCAAAAGGAAGAGGUUCCUUAAGACACAGCUCGUGAGCAUUCUGAGGUGCAGCUGUGUGCUCCGAAGCAGUGACGAGAGCGGUAAGGGAGGCUGGUGUCUCAGUCGGGUUCCAGCCCCUGGCCCGAUCACCACAGGGAGCUUACAGGCAGCCCGAUGAGGCUGGUGCCGUUUUAGCAUAAGAAUUACAGAGAAUUUCUGUCCUGAACUCUUCGAAAGCCAGUGGAUACGCUGACUGCUGGCCCCGGAGGUGAAUUGUGGAGAUAGAAAAGUUCCUGGUCUUUUCCGGUUUGGCCUGGACAGUGCGAGCUGACAGCACCACAGGCCCUCAUCAGCGUUUCUGUGGGGCCCCAGCACCUGCAGGGGCUGCUGUUCCCACACCACCCCUUUCCUGGGCGCCUUGCAUAGUAUGCCCUCCUCCUGCCUUCUUCCCGAGCGUCUUUCUUGCUGGGCGCCUCCUGUCCCUCCAGCCCUCACAGCUCCUGACUAGAAACCAGGAGGUAUGUGCCCAGGUGACAGGCGUGCACGAACGGGCAGCGUGGAAGGCUGUGGCCAGGGCUUCCUUUUCUUCCUUCCCUUUCAGCAGCAGACCCAGGUUCCUGAGCCGGGCCAGGGUGUGUGCAGGGUGACGGGUUCCAGACAGACAGGCCAGCCUCCUGGGACUGCAGAGCUGCCCCUAGCAAAACGUUCCUGUGAGCCAUUUAAUGCUGUGUCUCUCAUUUGUUUUUUAAGUAAGAACUAGAAGGAAAUCAUCCCAGGUUCAGUCAUUCCCAGGGAAGGGGAGGGGAAGUUCAAGCUUCGAACAUGCGCUUAGAGUAGCUCGUCAGCCCUCUACCUAAAGGAGGUGCCCCCAGCACUGCUGGGGAUCCAGAAAAGACCUGGCUUGGAGGACCAGCAGUCCAGCCUGAGUCACCGCAGGUGUGUGACAUCUGCUCGGGCUGGGUUCCUAAGCUGUGUCCAGUGCAGAACACGGGGAAAGAGCGCCUUUAGAGCUGCUGAAGGAUUUUCAGUGUUGCUCUUGACUGCUUUAAGGUUUCCGGCUCUCAUCCCGGCAUCGUCUGAGAGCCAGUUUUCUUGCGAGAUGCUUUACUGCUUCAUCUGUGGCUUUCAGCUUUCCCCGUCUUGCCUCCACCCAGAGACCUUACUUUCUACCUGCUUGUCUUUUUUUUUCUUCUUCAUUUUCCUGACUCUUUCCUCUGAAGUCUCCGCUCGAAGGGCUGCCCACUCUCACCUGCCCCAUGUGCUCAUAUGCUCUGCCCUUCCUUCUCCCACAGGCGCCACCUGCUGUCUCUGAUGAGCUGCCCUGGCUGCAGCCCCGCUCCCCUCCCCCACCCCCGCCGCCUUCAUUGCCCGGCUGCCCCUGUGGGAGCCACACGCUCACCGCUGCCUGUGCACUUAGAAACACGGCCAGACCCCACACCUAAUUCCAGUGCACAUUGUGUGUCCAAAGGAAAAAGGGUUUUCUCAGUUUGAAAUUCAACAGAACAGUCCUGGAUGCUGUUACAAACUCAAGAUGUACUCUUCAGGUGAUCCUGCCAUCAGAGUGACAGUACUUCCUGUUUGAGAAAAAUUUAAAGGGUCACCUGUUUUCCGGCCCUUUUCUCUACCCCUGUAUCCCCUCCCCCCAAUAAAAACAAAACACUAGAAUUUAUUUAUAUGUAUUGAUGUUGUAGGUCUAGGUGAAGAAAAAGUACAUGUUUCACUGCUCUAUUUAUAUAUAAUGUCUGAGUUUUUCUGUGCAGGAAGGCCAGGAAAUUGCAUGUGAAGUUCAGUGCUUUCACCACCUCUGUGUGCCCAAGCUGCAGUCUCUUUCCCACUAAGAUACAGGUUUUAAAUUGGAUUCUGGGGACAGAGGGUAGGCCCACGGCCUGCCCAACACCACAUCCCUUCCUUGGUUUGAUUAAAUGCAGUUUUUAGUGCAGAGAUGUUUUAAGGUGCAAUACCUCUCUUUUGUGUGGUUUUAGAGCCAAGCUCAACGUAAUAGGACUUAGGGGCUUAUUUUGGUUUCAAACCCCCGUCCUCGGAGCGCAGGUCCAUGCAGAGGCUUCUGCCAGGAUGUCUUGGGGCCUUUGGCAGGAACAAAAACCUGGACUUACCAUUCCUGUUGCUCAGGUGGGGGUGGUGUCAGAGCCCUCUGCACCUCUGCCCGCUAAAAUCGCCCUCCCUCCUGAUGCUGGCAGCUUUGCCCUGGCCAUUAAUGGUGCAGCCCGUUGCUGGGCAACCAGUGGCCCUGCAGUAGUGUCUGUCCCUGGUCAACUACUCUGUGGGGUGAGAUCCCAGAGUAGGGUCAUGUAUCCAAGAGGCGUCAUCCACCCCACUGAAGACCUCUCUGCCAGCUGUAUUUGGUCUGGUUUUCUUUACUCUUGUCCUCCCCGUCCCCCUUUUAUCCACAUUAUUGUUUUCCAACUUGCAAUUCAUCCACUUCUGGUUCUAGGUUCCUUAAGGGGGAAAACAAAGGAUAACUCACA